AAAUAGCAGCAAAGCGAGACCAGAUCCGGAGGGGGGUGGGUUCCAACGGAGCGACUGAGAGCGCGCCACAAUUAAUAGAGCGUCGAUUUGAGUCCUAUGCCAAGAUGUACGAGGAAGCAUAAUCUAAGAUCCAUGCACAUUUGGUCUCAAUUGGGGAAAGCUGAUCUGAAUCAAGAUUAUCAAUGGUAUCUGCCCAGAUUUAUCUGAAAUGCAGGUUUGGGUAUGAGGCAAAAAUCAUCAAAGGGAAUAAGCUCCUCCAAAUUGAUCUUGCCGCUUGCAAAAGAAGAGAGCAUGAGAGGCCGUCUACAUCUUCGAAGGGCAGGACAAGCAGUAAGAGCAAAAACAGUUGUGGACAUGCUUCCUUUGAGCACACGUGGCAGGAUGGGAAGAAGCAACGUGUAAAAUCCCCAACCGCCAUUGCGGGCCGCGGAGCUGGCCCUUUUUCUCCAGAACUCCAAUCGGGAAAAAUUCUCCGCCGAGCCCGAACUCGAAUCUCCGCCAUGGCGGCCCGCCUUCCGAGGACGAAGCCAUUCUGGUACCUAAUUCCGCGAUCACCGGCCGAUGAUGRCUCUCUGGUUUUUGUUCCUACCGGAUUCAGGCGACGGUUCUCAUCUUCAUCUUCAUCGUCGUCUUCGUCUUCGUCUUCUUCGCCGAAUAAAUCACAGAAGACGGAGAAGAAGUUAGUGGACCGUCUUUCAUCGGUGAUAGACUCCGUCAAUGACCGUAAACUUCCUCCGGAGCUUCGAGGCCAGCGUAACGCCGUCAGGUCUGAAACUGAUCUGAUAAAUGUUGUUGAACGGCGGAUUUGGAAUUCCAUGGAAGAAGGGCAAUUUGAGAACUUACCAGGAAAAGGGAAACCUCUUAACCUCUCUACUAAUCCUCAUGCUGAUCCAGCAGAAGACACAUUAUACCGCAUUUUGUCGAAAAAUGGAUGUGCACCAGAAUGGGUUGAGCUCAACAAGGAGAUCAGGAGUAAUAUAUCGGUGUGGCGAUCGUCGUUGAAUAGAGCAUUUGAAAGUAAACGCAAUGGAGAUCAUUCAAAAUGGUCCGAGAGUACAGAGGCUUUGAAGGUGCAGUUGCAACACAUCAAUGACAAGGUUUUUCGUUAUAACUUGAUAGUUCCAUUCGGCCGCCAAAUGUUUGGAUUGAAAUGGGAGAAAGAGCUGGAUCGUCUUGUAGAAUGAUGAAACUGUUUCUCCUCUUCCCACUGCUUAACAGGUCAAAGCAAAGCCAUGUAAGCGGCAUUCAUAAUCAUAUCUAUCCUAUAUAUAGAAGAAUUGUUCUUGGAAUAGCAUAGAAAAGAAAAAAAGAUGAAUGUUCUUUCAUCUUGCAGCCUUUUUUUUCCUUGUUAUUUGAAAUCAUUGGGCAGAAAAUUGUUUCAGUUUCUGUAUGAAAUCCAUACAUCUGCUGCAGUGCUUAUCAAAUAUAUAGUAGAGCAUGUACUUGGAAAGGAAGUGUUUUGAGAUAUGGGUAAUUUGGCUAAAUGCCCUUAUGAUA